UAGUUUACUGUUUAUUAAGCAGGGAGCAUGUGCAGAACACUUCAACACAAUUAGCAGAAUUAGCAGAGUUAGAAUGAAGCUAAUACAAUAAAGCUAUACAAAAGUAAACAAAUGGCAAACAAGUCAAAGAUUCAUUUGACAAAUAUUUAUCAGCAGUGAAAUAUAAAUAUUAAAGGUCUCAGAGCUCUAAACUUUGUGUAGUUUUUCAUUUUUAAUACCAGAUAGAUCCGGCAUGUCCUGUUAAAGCAAACAGCUCGGAGCCUCCUCCUCCUCCUCCUCUGCAGUCCUUGUAUUGGGUUUCAUUCCUGCAGUUCUGACUGAAUGAACGCUGAUCAAUUAUUUACAGAGACGCUGAAGGUCAGGGGAGAAACCCCGAGAGACCCUUCAGCCCCGAUACAGGCACUUCUGAGCCACGACCGAAGAACCCGACGAGACGAGAGCAAGAGGGACAAUCUGGUCGAGGGGGACAGCUGAAGAAACUACCUUCUGCACGCCAGAGACAUGGGUCAGUCGACGAAUACAGACAGAGAUUAGACAGAUAGACAGACAGAAAGAUACACAGACAGACAGAAAGAUACACAAACGGACAGACAGACGGACAGAUCAGAGGAAGGACAAAUGAAGGAAACCUCGGUGAGUGAGAAGACUUGAAUCCAGUGAAGGAGCUGAGAUGACGCCAGAGGAACCUGAACCGAUCCAGAAAUAGCCUUCAUCAUGGGAUUGAGCCAAGUCUCCAACAUCACUCCAGACAGUGGCUUAGCAGUGGCGGCAGCGGCAGCGAGCAACCAUCCCAACACCUCUGGCACCUUGCCCACCUCGUCCCUCCCUCCGUCAUCCUGCAGCAUUGACGAAUCCUACAAGUACGUCUUCCUGCCUGUCUGCUACUCGCUGACCUUCCUCUUCAGCCUCACCCUCAACUCGGUGGUGCUGCUGCGCUCCUGCCGCCACCACGGCAGUUGUUGCGGCGGUGGCGGCAGCAGCAGUGGCAGUGGGCGACGCUGGAACACCUCAUUGAUCUACAUGGUGAACCUGGCUACCACCGACCUGAUGUACGGUCUGUCGCUGCCCUUCCUGGUGGCAAGCUACGUGCUGAGGGACCGCUGGGUGUUCGGGGACUUCAUGUGCCGCCUCGUCCGCUUCCUCUUCUACUUCAACCUGUACUGCUCCAUCUUCUUCCUCACCUGCAUCUCCGUGCACAGGUACCUCGGGAUCUGCCAUCCGAUGAGGACCAUCACUCUGGAGAGCAAGCGAGUGGUGAAGGGGACCUGUGCAUUGGUGUGGGUGGUGGUCUUCAUCCUCACCUGUCCCAUCUUCAGGUUCGCUCAGACGGGAUACAUGACGCGGCGAGGUGGCGGGGUUGUCGAGCCUGGAGGGGCAAGGGAAGGCGGGAACAGUACCAGUACUCAGUUGGAGGACCAGGAGGGAUACAUGAACUGCUGGGACGACGCCAUCGAUAAGGAGUUUGCCGACUACGUCCCAUACGGCAUUGUCCUCCACCUCCUGGGCUUCUUUGUGCCCUUUGUCAUCAUCGCCUGGUGCUACUCGCAGGUGGUCAGGACGAUAUUUCAGACCCUGCGCUCCCCUCCCAGUUCGGUAGAGGGCGGGGAGGACGGUCCAGUGGGAGACGGGGUGACCGAAGGAGUCAGAGAGCGGGAGAGAACCUCUGUCUCCAUCUCUGGAUCGCAGUACUCGCACUACAUCCGGCGGCGACGGAAAUCCAUAAAAACCAUCGUAACCAUCACACUGCUGUUUGCGCUCUGCUUCCUGCCCUUCCACGUGACCCGGACGCUGUUCCUGCUCCUGCGGCGGGGGCAGCUCGGUGGCUGCAAGGUUAUGAAGACUGUCUCUAUCUGCUACAAGGUCACCCGGCCGCUGGCCUCCUGCAACGCCUGGCUCAACGCCCUCCUCUACUUCCUGACAGGGGACAAGGGCACUCCCUGCUGCUGGCCGGCAGAACACAGCGUCCGCAGAGACCGGCGCAGCGGCUCCCUCUGGUGGCCGCUAAAGAUCCUGAAAAAGGAGGGAGUGGGAGAGGACGACCAGGAGGCGGCCGAGAAGGUCGAAAGGGAGGUGCACAUGGAAAACGAGUCCAAGUCUUCAAGGGUCAUCUUCUAGAAGGUUUUAGUGCUGGUUUGUUUGUAAAAGACUUUAAACAGCAUGUGAUGCACCAGGAAAGAUCCAGCAGUUAAACAAAAAACUGCUCAGUAGUAAGGUUGUCAAAAGUAUGGAUCCUUUUUUGAUACCACAUUUUAAACAGUACAGUUUGAUAGUAUCAAAACUAUGGUAAAAAUAGAUCUACAAUCAGAAAUUUCAACCAAGGCUGCACACAUGAUGAAAAAUAAUUCAAUAGCUUGUUUGCACAUAACGUCAUGUUGUUGUGUUCUUGUGGCAUGAACUGCAGAAGGAAGUAGGCAUUGUGUUGUUUUGGUGUUCAUAAGGGGGAAAAAUGCAAGAAAUUGACCGAAAAAUGCAAAAAGAAGCCCUGGCUUUUGAGUACUUUUGUCGACGGGGCAGCAGGAAAACGUAGCCUACUUUAGAAAAGUCUACAUCGGGUGCCCGGUUAGCUCAGUCAGUAGAGCUGGCAACCCAUAUACAGAGU